AUGCGAAGCAAGAGCAUCCGAUAUCCACCCGAGUGGGCAACCAUGGCCACCUACCUCUCCACCCACCCUCCGCCCAUCGGCGAGCCCUUCCAACCCUUCCUAACCCCCGAGCUGGAGAUGCACCGCACCUUCAGCCGUCGCUCAGAACAGAGUCCAGCCGCAAUGGCGGCCCAGGACUGGGCGAUCAAGACGUACAUCCUCUUCAAGCGUGUCAAGGCGGCUCGCGACGACCUCUUCUUCGCCACAUACGAGGUCCGUCUCCACCCAUCCCCCCAAACCAUGACUCUUCUGGAGGCGCAGCGGAACGUUGUGCGCAUCCUGGUCACCGAGCUGCGUGCCAACCUCAAGGCUGGGCGGCAAUAUCACGUCGACUUUAAAGAGGAUGAGAAGGUGUUGGCACAGGUCGGGAGUCUGUUCUACCACGCGGUCAGUAUCUGGCGAGCUAUGGAACGGUUUCUGGAGGCGUUUGAUGAUGACGGGAUGCCACGCUUCGUGAACCAUGAUCAGCGGAGUAGUGUUGGCUCGCCACGGCCUCCCAAGAACCGGCGGCGAAGCCAGGCUGUUUCAGCCUUAGAGACAGUCCAGGAGGACGCGGACAGCUCGGACUCGGAUGAUUCAAUCUUCUAG